AUGGUACAGAGACAAGGCACUCAUUCAAGAAGAAGCUGGAACAUUCUGCUGAUGAACCUGGCUCAAGCACAAACCUGGCCACCAAAACAACUCACAAGACUUUCAAAGCAAGUGUGUUUAGAAAUGGUGAUUGGAAUGUGGCUGAGCCUUUCUCAAUAAAACAUUCAGUGACAUGUGAUGAUUUCCACAUCAAACCCUCCACAACAAGCCAUAAUGGUGGAUUGAAAGAUACAAAAGAACAAAAACAGGAUGAGUUACAACCUUCCAUCAGCCCAAAAGACAAUCAACGUAGCACUCACUUUGUGUUAGGAACCAACAUAGGUGAUAGGAGUUCACUUUAUCGUAAAGCCAAAUCUGGAAGACUGCUGGCCCUCUUGUUCAACACACACAUCAGAUUUCAUUGACCACAAGACUGGAAUCACUCAUUUGACUCAGGGAAGGGCGGCAGAUGCAAAACUUAAUCAAGCACGUCACAAUACUCUUGCUUUUGUUUUAUCAUGUGAUGUGCAGCGUCAUGCGGGUGACAGACAGGCAUCAAUGACAGGGAGUGGUUACUUACACCCACCAAAAGACCAUCCAUAUCUGAGCCCCCAGAGGGAACUAAAGAGUCGAUAUCAAUACUUGGACAGUGAUGGAGCCCUUCUUAGAGCACCAGAGUGGCCUUCACCAUCAGAGACAAAGGAGGAAUUUAUUCCCUUUGAAGAGCUGGUUACGGGCAGUGGAGCAGCCAAACUAAUGCAGAACAAAGUUGAUUGCCAGGAGAGAAUUACAGAUAACAGGAAAACACAUUUUCAGUUUGGGUCAGAUGAUGACCCUAAACACACAGAGCAGCACGACCAGUUUGUAUCAUCUCUGCACCUUGAUCCAGCCCUUCCAGCUGAGAAAAAGGCCCGAACACAAAUACUCCUAUGCCCACCCAAGGUGAGAAAACACUUUGCAUUCUUUGCAUGCCUAAUGGAGUCUACUGAAAUAACAGAGCAGGGAAGAUUUGGAGUGUCAGAGCCUCUCCUUCAGGACAAGGUAGCCAUCAUCCAACAUCAAAUGCAGCAGUUAAAUCAACAGAGGAGUGGUAGAAUUUCUACUGACGACCUGAAAUCUGUUUUGGCAAAACUUGGAUUGGACAUGGAGGAGAAAACCUUAGAAAAACUUCUUGAUAUGUGCGACAGAAGUACUGGUCUCGUGGACUACCAAAAAUUUGUGAAAUAUAUGACGAAAGUUUCCCUCAUUAGUUCUGGAAAUAAACCAUCAACGACUUCAGUAAUGAGGGUGGAUUUCUGUCCACCAGAACAAAGAAGACUAACCUCUGCUCAGCUGCGCACGAUAGAAAUGUCCAAAAAGAUUUCGCCAGUGACAGUGAACUCGCAUUACUUUCACAAGUAUAACUCGGGAGCACCUCGUCUCUCAACCACGGCUCAGGAUUUCGUCCAACCAGACAGAAUAACAGGAAAUUCUCGUCUAUCUGUGUGAUAACAUGGAGAAACAAGUCGCUGAUCUAGUUGCAGCCAAAUUUCCUCAGGAAUGGUAGAGUUUCUCAGGCUGUUUAGUGUCGUUGAGUAUUAAGUGCGGAAGGUACAUGACUUGGGAUUGUAUUGCAACACGUGUCUUACCGAUCACGUGACCUUCCCGAGGUGCCUCGUAGGAACCCGCCUCCUCCUUUUUUAAAUGCAUUACAAUGUUUGUAAAAGCGUAGAAUUAAAGGAAGUUGGUGUACAUAAUAAACCAAAUUGUUCGGAUGAGACCUUAAUCUGGAGGAAACUUAAAUCGUCUUACUCUAUGUAGUUGUGGACUACGGCCGACUCUAGUUAUAGGUAUAAUUAUCUUGAUCCAGAUUGUUCGUGUCUGGAAUGUCUGAAUUAUGCUUCGAGACUAGAACCUAAACACUCCAGUUUGCUUUUUUAACUAUUAUUUUUCUAUGGUUUGUUAGCCUGGAAGUCUGAACGAUUGUUUUACACACAAGUUCAGUUUCUUCGAAACAAAAUUUCCAAGGAGUCAACGAACUACCCAUAACUGAAAUAUCAAUUAAUACCCUAGUGAUAGAUUUUGCCAACUUUCUAUAAAAAAAGAUACAUUUUAAAAAGAAAUUCAGUGAAAUGUAACUCUCAGAGUCUAAAGUCUUGCCUGCGACCUAUAUUCAAAAAACCUAUUAAUUUUAUGCACCCAAUCUCUGCAUAAGAAGUGACGAAAAAUUAUCCGCAAACGGCUCUUCGUAAAAAGUCAGAGUUGCCACCCAGGAUACCUAAGAUAAGAAAAGCGUCAUCCUGAAUUAAACUGUAGUCUCUUCAGAAGCCUUAAUUUGCGUACUAUUGACUACAGUUCCACUUUCUCCUGUGCCAUUUUUGUUCUCAUUUUCGUCAGCUUCACAGUGAUCCUUUAGCAACACGGUUUCUUCUUUUGUUGGUGCCUCUUCUGAAGUCUUCAUAUUGCACCAGGAAAAAAUGUCACUCCAUUUAAACUGCCCCCAGUCCCCUUGUGGUCCUAUCGUGCAGCAAAGAGCUUGAAAGAAGAAAGUCGAAAAGGCCCAUCCCAGAGUCAUCACUAGCAUUAGGAAAUGUCCCAUCU